GCUGCGAAAAUCAAUUUCACGCCAUAAACCCUACAACUCAGUAUAAUAUUUUCCCAGCGAGCCAGCGGCUUGCUUCAGUCGUGUCACACGGCGUCGAAGAUCAUACACUUGUGAUGUAUCACUACCAUCAAAGAAGGUAGUGGCAAUGGAAUCCCAAACCACCUUUGCCAUAGGAAACCGAAUAAAAUUGCCAAUCAAGGAUGAAUCCAUGGAAGAAAUUAACCAACCUUUAACAAUGGCGUUAUCGGUGCGUCACUUGCGAAAGGAGGGAUCAGUGGAUAGCGGCUGGGGAAAGUCGCCAUUAAUGUACCCCAGUUUAUCCUUGCCAGAGAUAUACAUCUCAACAACCUGGGACCACAGUGCAUAGUUGGAACCAUCCAACUUAAUGCCGAUCGGAGCAGCGAAUGUUUCAGUGGUGAUGGUCGGGGUCCGAGUGUUGUUUAAAACCUCAGUCAUCCUUGUAGUCAAUUCAAGGAUAGAAUCAGAGAGAUUGGACGUAUCGCCAAAAGAGUUCAGAUCAUCAGAAUGGAGGUAUGGUUAGGAUGCAAUACAGGAAGCCAGAACUCGUUUGGCUCUGAUACCAUGUAAAAAAUCUGUCUUUUAUAUUCUACUCCUUCAUCUCUUUUUUUUUUUUUUUUUUUUUUCAGUCGUCUGCCCUUUCUUAUAUACAAAAAACUUAACUUUGCUAUACAAUUUUCAUCUCCUAGACUCAAGCUAACCACCCUUGAUUUAUGGGAUGUUACAAAUUUUAAAUGCCUCAAAUAUCUUUUGGUUGUUUACAAUGACAACUCAUGCCAACAAAAGUUUGAUGAGAAAGUUAUAGUUAAGAUUCAAGAAGUUGAAAUAGAGGUCUGGUUUUAAAGUUGGUAAGAAAGAGAAACCCUGCGAAAGAAAAGUGGAAAAAUAAACUGUUUGGUGUUAUAUUAAUGCAUGACAAGGUAAAUUGCCCCCCAGUGACCCUGCCAAUACCAUCUUCAUUUAUUCUCAAAAUUUGGGAAACAUGAAGGUUGUUUGGCAGUGAAAAAUAAAUAUUUAAAAAUAUUAUUAUUUAUAUGGAGAUUUUGACAAACAUAUUUUCAUCAUUUUUUAAAUUUUUCGCAAAAUGUUUGAAGCUAUAAAACAAUGGGGCAUUUUCAUUUGAAAUUAAAAAUGAAAACCAAAGAUUAUAUUCUAUAAUUAAACCGAACCUAAAGUUGUUUUAUACCUAUUGAACUAAACUAUAGUCCCUUUAUUUAGGGGUUAUUUGGUAUCACUGUCAAAAAUUAUAGAAACCAAAAUGAGAAAUGAAAGCCAAAUAUUAAAAAUAGAAACUACAAAUCAGAACCCAACAACCUAUUUUGUUAAUAUUUAUAAUAUUAAAUUAAAUUAAAAUUUAAUUAAAAAUGCUCAUUUUCGUCUUUAAAUCAAAGAAUAUUACAAAAAUAAUAAAAUUAUAAAAUAAUACACAUUAAAAAAAAUACUAUCAUAAAAAUUAAAAUUAUUUUAAUUAUUUUACUUAAUUGUUAUGCUCUAAAAAUUUUUUCUUUAUAAUAAAAAAUUUAUUGGAGAUGACAAUUGAAAAAUGGAAAAAGCUAUUUUGUAGUUGACUUUAUUAUUAUUUUUUGUAACUUAUGUAUAUUUCUAUUUCAAUAAUAUUUAAACUCAUAUGAUUAUUUUAUUUUAAUUUUAAAGUAUAUAAAAUAAAUGAUUUAAUUUAAAAAAAUUAUCUCUAGAUAUUAAAAUUUCUAGAAGCAAGUUAUCAAAAUAAUUAAAAAUCAAAAAAUUUAGUUCGUAAUUUUUUUCACAAACAGCAAAAAAUAAACAAUAUAAACAAAUGACGUUUUUGUAAUAUCUUUUUUUACAUUAUAUAAAAGUAUAAACAAAAAUAACAACAAAACCAAACAGAAUCUCAGAUUUUUAAUUCAUAAAUAAAAAUUAUUAUUGUUUGUGUGCGCGCCUACAUGGAUAUAGUUGUUUUGUUCAACAAAUAAAAUCCCACUUCACCAAGCUAAAUAAUUCAUUGUGAUUAUUUUGUUUGAACCAAAAAUCAUAGAAGGUUAGAUGUGGAACCACCAAACCAGUGGCUUAGGUGAACCAGCCAGUGGCUCCUCACUUGUACCAAUCAACAUAGGGAAAAUCUUAACCACCCAUUGCAGCCUUCCUGGGAAAUUGGACCCACUUGAUGAUAUCACGUAAGCCGCUGAGUACACGUGGCGCAACCGUCACGGUCAAUCACAUCACGUAACAGCUGACCUGGCAGGCUGCCCACCGUCAAAAUGAAGUUCUCAUCAGAUCAUUUGAGCAAACCAUGGCCAUUAAUCAGCCAGCUGAUCACAGCCUCAUGUAUGGUGACUCUGAGACAUUUGUCUGAUACAUUGGGGGAAAAGCAGAAAAAAAAAAAUCAUGGUUUUCAAAUUUUUCUCCCAAUAUCUUUUAUUUUCUCUUUUUAUUUUGAUUUUUUCGAGGUGGGCAGAAAUCACUGAGUUUGAGCCACGUGUGCAAGCUGCCAAGUUGGCGAGUUAUCAUCCACGUGGUGACCCGCGAUUGGUCGACGCAUGACAGCCUCAAAUGAGACAUCUCUGGUGACACACUGCACACUUAUAAGUAUAGAUGGGGGUGUUAGCAUUUGUGGCAAAGAGAACGAGAUAAGGCUAUAGAGCCUCAGCUGCCAGUCCAGUCCAUAAGAGAGUGUUUGAGGUCUCAAGGCUCUCAGCAGUGCAUAGCACCACAAUGGCCUCAGCCUCUCUGCUCAAGUCAUCUCCUGUUCUGGACAAGUCUGAGUGGGUGAAAGGGCAGAGCCUUCGCCAGUCGCCGGUGUCCAACCUCCGCUGUCAGCCCUCCUCCCCCUCCACCCUCACCAUCCGGGCCGGUUCCUACGCCGAUGAGCUUGUCAAGACUGCGAAAACCAUAGCAUCUCCCGGGCGCGGUAUUUUGGCGAUGGAUGAGUCUAAUGCUACUUGUGGGAAGCGUCUGGCAUCGAUUGGGCUUGAGAACACAGAGGCCAACCGCCAAGCAUACCGCACUCUCCUAGUGUCAGCUCCUGGCCUCGGCAACUUCAUUUCCGGUGCUAUCCUCUUUGAGGAGACUCUCUACCAGUCCACCACUGAUGGCAAGAAAAUGGUGGAUGUGCUCGUCCAGCAGAAUAUCGUCCCUGGCAUCAAAGUUGACAAGGGUCUGGUGCCCCUCGUCGGUUCGAAUGAUGAGUCCUGGUGCCAAGGUCUCGAUGGCCUUGCUUCCCGCUCGGCGGCUUACUACCAGCAGGGAGCUCGUUUCGCCAAAUGGCGUACCGUUGUAAGCAUUCCCAAUGGCCCAUCUGCCCUGGCAGUGAAGGAAGCAGCCUGGGGCCUUGCCCGCUAUGCCGCCAUUUCUCAAGACAAUGGGUUGGCCCCAAUUGUGGAGCCAGAGAUCUUGCUUGAUGGAGAACACAGCAUCGACAGGACUUUUGAGGUGGCCCAGAAGGUUUGGGCAGAGGUUUUCUUCUACCUUGCAGAGAACAAUGUUAUGUUUGAAGGAAUCCUGCUCAAACCCAGCAUGGUCACUCCUGGAGCAGAGUGCAAGGAGAAAGCCACACCUGAACAGGUUGCUCAAUACACUCUCAAGCUCCUUCACAAGAGAAUCCCCCCGGCCGUCCCCGGAAUCAUGUUUUUGUCUGGUGGGCAGUCUGAAGUUGAAGCCACCCUGAACCUCAAUGCAAUGAACCAAGGGCCCAACCCAUGGCACGUGUCGUUCUCAUACGCCAGAGCCCUUCAGAACACCUGCUUGAAGAAGUGGGGAGGACGGCCGGAGAACGUGAAGGCGGCUCAGGAAACCCUCCUUGUCCGGGCCAAGGCCAACUCUCUUGCUCAGCUCGGAAAGUACACAGGCGAGGGAGAGUCUGAGGAGGCAAAGAAAGGAAUGUUCGUCAAGGGGUACACGUACUGAGCGGUUGCGCCAAAUCUAUAUAGAUGAUGAAGAUGACGAUGAUGAUGAUUGGGGCAAGGAGGACAAAUCUCUCAAUUUGUUAUAUAUGGUUUUAGCCAUGGAGACUAUUUUUGUUCAUCACCUGUACUUUGAGCCUCUUAAUAAUUAAACAUCUUGCUGCCGAGACUAGUUAA